AUGGCGUCCAUCACCACCAAUCUCUUGAUGCACCAUUUAGCCCUAUUCCUCCUCCUCGCGCAGCUCACCGGCUCAGCCCUCGUCCCGAAGACCAACAACCAGCCCGCGCUCAAGCCUCAGGCGUCGAGCACCUACAUCGUCCAUGCCAACCACCUCGUCAAGCCUCCCCACUUCGCCUCCCUCGAGCACUGGUACCUUUCCAUGGUGGCCGCCCACUCACCUCGUUCCGUGGCCGACGACUUCAGCCGCAUCCUGUACACCUACGACACCGUCAUGCACGGCUUCGCCGUCCAGCUCACCGGCGACGAGGCUCGACGCAUGUCGGGUGCUGAGGGCGUGGCCGGCGUGUACGAGGACAGGUUGCUCCAUCACAUGACGACGAGGACGCCGGGCUUCCUCGGCCUCGACCCCGGAUUCGGAGCCUGGCGGGACACUGACUCCGGCGACGGCGUCAUCAUCGGCUUCGUCGAUUCCGGUAUAUGGCCGGAGAGCCCGAGCUUCAGCGACAGAGGGCUGGGUCCCGUCCGGUCGAGCUGGAGGGGCAAGUGCGUCGACGCCGGGGACUUCAACGCCAGCAUGUGCAACAACAAGCUGGUCGGCGCCAAGACCUUCGGCAUGCGCAACAGUUCCGCCUCGCCGAGGGACAAGUUGGGCCACGGCACGCACGUGGCGUCGACAGCCGCCGGCUCCGAGGUCCCCGACACGGGCUUCCUCAUGUUUGCGCGGGGCACGGCGAGGGGCGUCGCUCCCAAGGCGAGGAUCUCGAUGUACAAGCUGUCGGUGAUGGCAAUGGCGGAGAUUGUCGCGGGAAUCGACGCCGCGGUGAAGGACGGCGUGGACAUCAUCUCCCUCUCCCUCGGUGACGAUAACCCGCACCCAUUCUACGACGACGCACUCGCCGUUGCGGCGUUUGGCGCCGAGCGCAGAGGCGUGAGCGUCGUCCUUGCUGGCGGCAACGCUGGACCUAAAGCGUCCACGGUGACCAACGUGGCGCCGUGGAUGACCACCGUCGGCGCCGCCACCGCGGACCGGCUGUUCCCUGCAGACCUCAUUCUUGGCGACGGAGCUGUGCUCAGCGGCCAGUCCCUUUACACCUCGAAAGCCAACCGCACCAUCAUGAUGCCUAUGCUGCUCAGCUCGUGCUAUGGGGAAUAUCUGACGCCAGAAGACAAUUUGGAGGGCAAGAUUCUGGUGUGCAUGGAUGAUGGAGGACCCAGAGGAAAUAAAGUCCGGGUCCGGGACGAUGCUGUUGGUUUCCAGCCCGCUGGGAUAGUUCUUGUCGAGAGUUCCUGGUCCCAAGAUGGAAUUAUGGACCUUGGGGCCGUGGAUUUCUCAGGACCGAUCCUAGUUCUGAGCUUCAGCGCCGGCGAGAGGCUGAGAAAAUACCUCUUCUGCCUGGUUCGUUUCAAAAAAAAAAACAACAGCUACCGAUUGGAGUCGGGCACGUCCAUGGCCUGCCCGCACGUCGCCGGCGUCACGGCGCUGAUCAAGAAGAAGCAUCCUAACUGGACGCCGGCCAUGAUAAGGUCGGCGCUGAUCACAACCGCGGGAGCGCUCGACAACACCGGCCGAAGCAUCCUUGACGAUGUGGUCCUCCAUAUCCAAGGAAGCGGCGCCGGCGCCACGCCGACGACGCCUUUCGCCGCGGGGGCUGGGCACGUCCGCCCGCAGCUGGCCAUGGACCCUGGCCUGGUGUACGACGCCGGCGCCAGGGACUACGUCGACUUCCUGUGCGCCCUGAACUACACCACGGAGCAGCUGCGCCGGUUCGCGCCCGACCUGGGCACGUGCACGACGACGGCGCUCCCCGGCGGCCUCAACUACCCGUCGUUCGUCGCCGUGACAGAACCGCCAAAUUAA